CGAUUGCCGCGCGGCAACUGACCAACCAGACAACAACACGCAGAAUCACUCCUCAACUGUACAUUCCUCCAUUUGUAGCUCACAGAGGUCGGAAAAAAGUAGCUCUUUCACGUCCCUUAGCUUCACAAAACGCUUUCACUCCGCAUGUCUGUCGCUGUGCAACUCUCAUUGCCUUCUUGUGCGUUUGAAUCUUCCAGUUUGAUUCACAGUGGAAGACUGCGAAAUCGUCGUCAAAUUUUCUGCAACCGAACUGAUCUUCCUCACAGAGAAGAUGAUGACAAGAACGGCGUUGAUUGCAGCAGAGAACAAAUCCAGCGGCGAGUAAUUUUGGUCGAGAAGUAUGGAAAUAGCGCUCUGAAGAAGUAUUUUCUAGAUGAUAACCAACGGUUGCAAUUUUUUCUUGAUGAACAAACAUCUCCGACAUCCAAUGGCUUCAAAGAAUCUCGUUUUUCAGAAACAAAAUUAUCCUGGCUUCCAGGUCUCAUAAAGGAUUUUAUUUUACCCACCGGAUUUCCAGAAUCAGUUUCAGAUGAUUAUUUGCAGUACAUGAUACGGCAGUUCCCCACUAAUGUUACUGGAUGGAUCUGUCACACGUUGGUCACAUCCAGUCUUCUCAAGGCAGUCGGUAUAGGCUCCUUCUCAGGAACUACUACAGCUGCUUCUGCUGUUGCCAUCAGAUGGGUCUCUAAGGAUGGCAUUGGAGCAGUUGGGCGCUUAUUCAUUGGUGGACGUUUUGGUAAUCUUUUUGACGAUGAUCCGAAACAAUGGCGAAUGUAUGCUGACUUCAUUGGCAGUGCGGGAAGCAUCUUUGAUCUUGCUACUCCACUAUAUCCUAGCUAUUUUCUACCAUUGGCUUCUCUUGGAAAUCUUACCAAGGCAGUUGCAAGAGGACUGAAAGAUCCUUCAUUUCGAGUUAUUCAAAACCAUUUUGCGGUUUCAGGAAAUUUGGGAGAGAUAGCAGCAAAGGAGGAAGUUUGGGAAGUAGUUGCGCAGCUGCUCGGUCUUGCUAUAGGGAUCCUAAUCUUGGAUACACCAGGACUUGUAAAUUCAUAUUCAGUGUUAUCAGCAACGUGGCUAAGCAUGCGGCUUCUGCAUCUUUGGUUGCGAUACCAAUCUCUUGCAGUCUUGCACUUUAAUACUAUAAAUCUGAAACGCGCUCGUAUCCUAGCAAGGGCUCACGUUUUGCACAACAAAGUACCAGGAACAGUUGAGUGCAACAGCGAAGAAAGCAUAUUAGUGUGGGAAAGGUUUACGAGGCCUUCGAUUAUCUUUGGUGUACCAUUGGAGGAGAUGAUGGGUAGUGAGAGAUCUUCCACGGUGAUGAAACUGUUGAAAUUAUAUGCCAAUGAGAAAUACAUCCUCAUGCUGGACUCACAAGAUAAAGACUUAAAGGUCUUCGUCUCCUUCAAGGUGGGUGCUUCUAGCAUGACAGUUUUACGUAGUAUUUGGCAAACUUACUGGCUCAAUAAGCACUUGGACACCACAGAAAACGUCAUCCAUCAGCUUGCACAAAGCCUAUCGGAGAUGGAAGAUAAGUUCAAUGAAUUUGUGCAACUGUUGGAGGGAGCUGGUUGGGAUACUCAUCAAUUAAGCUUAAAGAUUUGACAGCAACACAAAUGCCGCAGCUCUAUAAAAAGUGUUUCCUUCAUCAACAUCAUACAUAAAUGCAUGCAGUGAAAAGGACAAUGACUCGAUCAUGCUUUUAUUUUUAUGUAAUACACAACAAUGCUUACUGCAUGACUUAAGGAUUUCCACUUCUCUCCUCCAGCUUUUCCGACCUGCAGGAGUGAAGAAAAUGUUAAUUAGUUACUCUAUAUUUGCAUCACCAAUUGGGAAUUAUGUGAAUCUUUUAGAUCAGUUUCACAGAUCACAUACUGCAGAUACUGCCUUCACAUUAGGAUUUUCCCUUUUGUACUCCUUUCUGAACUCCUCGCUGUUAUAUAAAAUUUAAACAAAAAAGAGAAUUUUUCCCCUUAAGAAAAUCAAACAAAUAGUUUUUAACUUGAAAACAAAACGGCAGAGAACAAAUACGAACAGGAAAACAAAGAAAGCACUCGGAGGCCUCUUAGGUUUGUUGGGAUCUUUCUUGGCUUUCAAAUCUUUCUUUGUUGGUCGUUUGAUACCCUUGUCAGCUUUAACGACAGCCUUUCGCUUCCCAACCUUUCUGAAAAGAAAUGAGAUAUUUAUGAUCCGUCACUACAAAAUUCCUGUAAACACUGUAUACACAUAACCAAGUAUGUGGAUAUUAGACAUCAAUGGAAGUCAAAAACUUGCUAGAAAUUCGAUACUCCAAAAAAAAAGAUGCCAACAAUGGAUCACAGACACGCAUAACCAAACAAUUUACGAAGUUUCAUCAGAGCAAUAACACAAGAGACAUGAAGUGGAACAAUAGGCAGAAAAAACUACCUAUCAUCGACUGGCUUCAAAGCUUCUUUGGAAACCCUUGAUGUUCCCUUACCCUUGGACCCCUUCAUUAUGAAAGGCAAAUACCUGUACAAAAUAACUACUCGUUGAGCAGCAGUACAACAAUACAGCAAGUUAGUACAACUCCAAUAGUUUAAGAAACAACAACCUACAUGCACGAGAAUAAGAACAAGAACCAUUUGAGCCAAACUAAGAAGGAGCAGUACCUCAAACAGUACAGGAAACAAUAAAGACAAUUUCUAACAUAAAAGUACAUGCCAAAGUGCAGAAAUGCAGUGAAAGCAACCUCUAGAAACCGUUUUCACAAAAGUCAAAGGAACACUAAGUCUAUAUGAUACGUAAUGACUGCUGAACGUGAACAUCCAGACAUCCAGAAGCAAACAAAAGUAAACAGUAAUACUAUACAUGUCCUUGAACAUAUUUGACCUUAACGAGACCAGAAUCCCUAAAUUUCAAUUUUAAAAGCCAUAUGUAGAAUUGACGAAGUAACAAUCAACCAACCAGCUACAGAUAAUUCACAGUAGAAAACUAGAUACAAUAAAGCAAAAGUCUAAACUCUGUCGACUCCAAGUCUUUCGCAUAAGAAAAAUCAUCUGUUUAAAUCGCUAACAGAGCAUUAAGCUGAAAAAUAAACCUAAAAUGUAAUUAAAUUACCACAAUUUUAACUCUUAAACUCCUACAGCUACUUGUUUCUUCACUUCACUCAAAACAACUCCAGCAGAAACUAUUAUGAUAAUAAAUAAACCAAAAAAAAAACGGCACAAAUAGCUCAAAAGGCGAUCGUUCUCCAGAGAAUUAGAAGGAAAAA